UUUUUUUACAUUUAUAGCGCUUGCGUCUUACAAGGUGACUGGCAAAUAAAACUGACACUUUAAUUUCGGAAAUGAUGUAAAAAAAAGCAUCAGCAUAAUACGAUUUUGCAAAAAGAAAAAUCAAACAUGAUUUGCGCGUUUUUUACGUUUCAUUGAAAGUCUGUUAUCCUUAUCUGCCAACUUAUGAAUAACGCAGCAGUAAUUGAUUAAAAAAAGUAUCUUUAAUAGUGCAUAUAUUUUAUCGGUGUGUACACGGUUAUACAUAUGUUUUUGUUUUCUUUUUUGUUACACGAGUUACGUAUAUUCUAUUUAUUAUUCGUGUACAAAAACUAUUAAAUCAUACGAUUGAAAUUUUCAUGGAUAGCACGUAGUCAGUUAAAAUUAGUUAGAACGACGUUGAUUAUGAAUAAAACAUACCUUUUUGCUAAUAUAUUAUGAUGAGCAUGUAAGAUCGUUACUGUCGUUGGCUCCGUUUAUAACCUAAAAGUCCAGUGAAAUACACGCAACGCCGCACUAGCGCUGCUCCUUAAUUUACCAUUAAUAUACCUAUAAAAUACGACAAUAAAUCAAUGAAAUCUAUAAAACUAAACAAAGCUCAAACGUAUAUUAUAAACAUGCUCACCUCGAAAACAACGUGGGCUAUACCGGCUUCGUAACGGUUCAUUUGUCGCGCGCGCGCACACACAAGCAUGUAGCUCAAUCGUCCGAUCAGCUGCUGGCAACGCGAUUGGUCCAACGCCGCGCGGGUUUAAAAAGAGCGAGACAGACGUCAAAGAAAUUUUCGUAUAUAUAGGUAUAACUCCCGCACCGCAGCACCGAGGAUGAGAGAAGAUCGAGGAGGAAAAUAAUCAGCUAUAUCGAUCGAGAGAAACUUCGCCGAUGAUCGAGGCGCGGAUUGCGCGGUAUGUCGGUUCUUCUAGAAAAUAGAGCUGGGCAAACACCACCAAUAAACAGUCGGUAUAUACAUAAUUGACUCGUGUUGUUGUCGUCGCCGCGCACUCGACCUCGACCGCGCGAACUGGUAUAAGUGUAUAGUAUAGAGCUGCGGUGCGACAAAGACAAACCGACGUCGCGCGUGUCCAAGUUGUGUUAGUGGAUUUGCUCGUGUGCCUGAGUGUGUGCUCCUGAUGCAGUCAUUCAGCGAUUGCGCGCUUAUAUUUUUAGCACCUUUUACGGAGUUGCUUUUACCCCUCAUCGAUCUGUGAUAAUGACAAGAUUUUCAGAUACUCAGUUCUAGCGCGAAGAGAGGCUUUGGAUGAUCGUUUUUUCGUGUGGCGCAGCUCUCGAAACGUGCUUUUAUUAUGCCGCCGAGUCGACUGGACGCUGUCUACAGGAGCAUUUUGCUCACCAAGUUCUUCACCAAGGGCUGGGGCAAUCCUGAAAAUCUGAGGCGGAUAUUCAAGUUCAGAAAAGUUGUUGCCAAUCGGGAAGCAUGUUACAAACUUAUACCUCGAGAUUAUCCAGUGAAAAUAACAAAAGACGAAGAAUGGUCGGAUUGUCACGUGCUGGAGGGACAAUUCGAGUCACCGUUCGAGAAGAAUUUACCUGGUAUAAUGCCAGAGGAGACCAAGACUGCUCACUUCCAGAUGAUUUUACCUAAACACUGGGAGUCUCAAAAAAUGAAACCCGUCUGUCUACACCUAGCUGGUACAGGAGAUCAUUACUUCUGGAGAAGGAGGAAUCUGGUGGCAAAGCCUCUGCUCAAAGAAUCUGGUAUUGCAUCUAUUUUACUUGAAAAUCCAUUUUACGGUCUUAGAAAACCAAAGGAUCAAAUACGUUCUAGUUUACAUAACGUGUCUGAUAUUUUUAUUAUGGGUGGAUGUUUGAUAAUGGAAUCCAUUGUAAUACUCAAUUGGUUAGAGCAACAAGGAUUUGGACCUCUUGGUCUCACAGGAUUAUCCAUGGGUGGUCAUAUGGCAUCACUUGCAGCUACCAAUUGGCCUAAGCCGAUACCCUUAGUUCCAUGCCUCUCUUGGUCAACAGCAUCUCCAGUAUUUACGCAAGGGGUAAUGAGUGCUUCAAUCAAUUGGGCAUUACUGGAGUCGCAAUAUUUUGAAAAUGAAGCAUACCAAAACGAUUUAGCAAAAAUGGUCAAAAUUGUUAAUCAAGACGACGCAUUUUUAGCCGGACAACAUUUUGCAAAACAUUUUCCAGCAAGCAUGAAAAGAUUUCACAAAAUCAAAACCGAAUCCAAAGACAGUGUUGAUCAAAAGCCUACAAGCAAUUCUACUUAUGGUAAUGGAAAUGGCAAUGGUGUAACUGAAAAUCAACAACUAGCAGAAGAAAAAGCGGCAGCGACGUUAUUUCCUCUAAGUCUGAUAUCAAGUAAAUUCAAAAAUGCUCAGCCAGAUGUUUUAAAGGACGAUAAGUGGCGAGAACGCGAGGCAUUGCAAUUCAUGCGAGGUAUAAUGGACGAGUGCACGCAUCUGUCAAAUUUUGAAGUACCCGUCGACACAGAGCUGAUCAUAGCAGUGUGCGCAAGGGAUGAUGCGUACGUACCGAGGGAUGACUGCAUUGGCCUGGAGCAGAUCUGGCCCGGCGCAGAAAUACGCUUCGUCGAUGCAGGACAUGUGUCCGCUUAUUUGCUUUACCAAAAGAUGUUCAGGUCGACGAUAGCAGAGGCCUUUCAGAGGUAUUUGAAGAAAUACCCCAUCGACAAUAGUUGACGAGAAUGCAGAAGGAAGUUGAUAUUAUUGAAAUUUGAUCCUUGAACUGAGUCAUGAAUGGAUUGAAUGUUUUAUUGCUGCGAUGUCAAGAUACGGGUGAUUUGUAAAUGAAUUUUAAAAUCUGUCGGCAUCACGAUCGACAAGGGUCUGUAAAAAGGGGAUAGACGAAUGACAAUACACAAAAUGCAAUUAAAGGACAAGUAUUGCUCCGUUACAUUAUUGUACAAAACUGUUGUUAUAUACUGUAUGUACAUUAUACUAUCAAAAGCAAUCAAAGAGAAUACUUUUUAUAUGCAAUUGUUAUUUUAUUGUAGGCGAUAUUUAUGCAGAUUUUUAUGUAUACACAAGAUUUAGUCAGAAUAUUUGCGAAUAAAUUUUAUCCUUGUGAGGUCCGUAUAAUUGUACAUUUUUCUAUCACGUAUAUUUGGAUGAUUUUCAAAAUAACACGAUUUUCAGUGUCGUCGAUACGUACAGUAGAAAGGAAUUAACAGCACUAGGGUCUUGUAAACUUUUAAAGUUAGAUGAAGUACUUUAUUGGAACUUCGAAAACCCAAAACUAUAUUGCAAGUGCCAUGUAUUUAAAGUACAAAAGCGAGAUACAAAAUGACCUCAAAACUUGUCGCCUACCUCAACCUGUCGCCAUCGAAAAUUCUAUACUGAAUUGGCUGGACAAAACGUUGUAUUUUAUAUAUGUACGUAUAUAUGACUUACUUUUAAAGUUCGUUGUAUUGUACAAUAUGUUAUAAUAGUUUUAGAAUAAUUAAUAAAUACUUUUAUUUUUAAACUAA